AGAAACACGCAAUGAUAAAACCAAAAUCAUAAACAUAAAACAACACAAACCAUAAACAAUGCAGUAGAAAUAACAGUUCCAAUAAAACAGUUAUAAUAAAGUAUUUACCAUAAAGAUAGAGUUGACGAGGUUAAACCUGCCUUUAAGUGACACCACAUAAAUUUCCGACCUUAAAGUCUAUGAUUCUGACUCAUUUUGAUGCAACACUGACUUUUAUUAUCCACUCCUUAAGCUGUUGGUGUCCUGCGUCCCAGGGAUGAGAAACCACACGUCAUAACUUUAAUUCCAGUUAGAUUUUCCUAUAAUGUACUUUAGAUUUAUUGGUGCUCAUCACUUAGAACGGUAUUUCUUGGCCAAUGAUGUAAUUUAAAAGCAAGUUUCAAAAAGAAAUGGUGACAUUUGAAUCAUAAAUGUCCAAGUGAAUGCCUCCGGGUUAACUUGACCACAACAGCCUUGAAAGUUUGUCAUUGUUUUAAGUUUCCCAACUACUACAGAGAAGGCUGAUGCUUUAUGCAUGUCUUUUUUUGAAGAGGAGUGUGAUUUAAAAAAGCACUAAAUUAGAUUUAAAGUAUCAGAAGACAGUGACAGGUGGAAAAAAAGCAGUAAGUCUUCCCACAAGUACACACUUGUAGCCCACAUGGCAUGGUGCAUUCACACCAGAAGAACACCAAAGCCCACAAACAGCAGUUAAAGUCCAGCAAACAAGCUGAACAUCCGGGAACCCGAACCUGAUCUGCAAAAGACGUGGAAUGCCUUAUUUCUUUUCUUCCGCCCUUCAAACCCGGUAAUGAUGGAGGGGUAAAAGCGACAUGAUUGGUGGAUGCAGGCAGCAGAGGAGAAAUGUAAAGCCUUGGUUUUGUUGCAUUGGAGGGGGGGUUGAAAGCUGAACGCUCCCCUCUUGUUUUUUUCCUCCCUUCAAUGACAGCAGCCGGAGCCAGCCGGUCGGUGCGGUGGGAAGCUUCCUCCGGUGCGAGAAGGAUCUCCCUGCAAGUGUGCGAUGCAGUGAAGGGAUAGAAGAUGAAAAUACUCAAGAAGGACAAGCAGCAGAUGUUUACUGGUCUCCUGAAGCACACGCCACCUCCGGCCUCCUCUGCUGCAGCCCCCUCCUCUGCCUCGGACCAAAACAGCAACGCACAAACCACAGUUCCCACAAUCCCACGGGGACACUUGGUUGUGGGCCCCAAGGACCAGCUCCGCCUCCUCACCCCCGUGGGAAGCACGGCGACAUCCAAUCACUGCGCCGCGGCAAGGGUCCACGCCGCGAAGCACUCCGGAGGAGCCCCGCAGCCAGCCUCCACUCUGAGCGAGGAGGAUGACGGAGGAGGUGGAGGCAGGGUGAAGAAGAAAAGGAAGAAAAAGGACAAGAGAGAAUGGGAGAGAGUACGGACAGAGGUGGAGGAAAAGGAGAGCAGCAAACCAAAGAAACGUAAGGAGGAGAGGGAGGCGACGGUGCUCACGCUGAGGAAGAGCAAAGAGCCCAAGGAAGGCAAAGAGCGGAGGGAGCGCAGGUCCAAGGGGAAAGAGGGCAGGAAGCAGAGUGGGACUGAGGCAAGGAAUGUGGCAGGUGGGAAAACGUCUGGCUCUGGAACGGCCUGCGGACCAGCUCAGGAGCCUGUUAAAGUUCCUGGUAAAAGAGGACGGAAACCGAAGAUUAAAAUCCUACCACCUGUGCCCUCAAAUCAAGCUCCUCCUCUCACCCCGGGGCAGGUUCACAACACCCAGGCUUCCCAAAGCAAACGAGGGAACCACGGCCAGACCAACAGCAAGACACCGGCCCCCUCAACACCAAAACAGAGGGGUCGCAAACCCAGAGAUCCUGGCGCAGCGCCGGUGGAGAAGAAGAAGAAGGGGAAGAGGAGAAACCAGGAGCUGGCUGUCCCAGAGGGGGUUGAGAGUGAUGACACUACCUCAAUGUCAACGCUCAACAUGGGAGGAGAGGACAGCCAGGACCCCCUGGACAACACAAAGCGCCGUUCAGGACGACAGGUCAAAAGGAGGAAGUAUAACGAAGACCUGGACUUUAAGGUGGUGGACGAUGACGGAGAGACGAUUGCCGUCCUCGGAGCCGGUCGCAUCUCUGCGCUCAAUGCCACCGCUCUGGCAUGGCAGGCUGAAGAGCCACCCGAAGAUGAAGCCAACAUCAUUGAGAAAAUUCUUUCCGUCAGAAAAGCGAAGAAAGAGACUUCAUCAGAGGACCAAGAAGAGGAAGCAGAAGAGUUUUAUGUCAAAUACAGAAAUUUUUCCUACCUUCACUGCAAAUGGGCCACUUUGGAAGAACUGGAGAAAGACCCCAGAAUCCACCAGAAGAUUAAACGCUUCAGGACCAAACAGGCUCAGAUGAAACACCUGUUCACUGAGCCCGAUGAAGAUUUGUUUAACCCAGACUACGUUGAGGUGGACCGAGUGCUUGAGGUGGCCGUUACCACGGAUACCGAGACUGGAGAGGAGGUGACACAUUAUCUGGUGAAGUGGUGCAGUUUAUCGUAUGAGGAGGCUACGUGGGAGCUUCAGGAGGACCUGGACCCAGAGAAGAUCAAAGAGUUUGAAGAGAUCCAGAAAGUGCCGGCAGACCUCCGACACAUCGAGCGUCCACUUCCAGAAAAAUGGCUGAAGUUGGAGCACUCCAGAGAUUACCGGAAUGGAAACCAGCUCAGAGAAUACCAGUUAGAGGGAAUGAACUGGUUACUGUUCAACUGGUACAACAGAAAAAACUGCAUUCUGGCAGAUGAAAUGGGUUUGGGAAAGACCAUCCAGUCCAUCACCUUUCUAUAUGAGAUCUUCAGCAUGGGGAUUAGAGGCCCCUUCCUCAUCAUCGCCCCCCUGUCCACCAUCACCAACUGGGAAAGGGAGUUCCGCACGUGGACGCACAUGAAUGUCAUCGUGUACCACGGCUCACAGAUCAGCCGGCAGAUGAUCCUGCAGUACGAGAUGUUUUACAGGGACCCACAGGGUAACACAGUCCCCGGUGUUCUCAAGUUUCACGGUUUAAUAACCACCUUUGAGAUGAUCAUGGCUGACUGUCCUGAGCUGAGGAAGCUGCAGUGGCGCUGUGUGGUGAUCGACGAGGCCCACCGACUGAAGAACAGGAACUGCAAGCUGCUGGAGGGACUCAAACUAAUGAACCUGGAACACAAGGUGCUGCUGACGGGAACCCCUCUGCAGAAUUCUGUGGAAGAGUUGUUCAGUCUGUUGAACUUCCUGGAGCCGCAGCAGUUUCCCUCUGAGAGCGCCUUUUUGGAGGAGUUUGGAGACCUUAAAACAGACGAGCAGGUGAAAAAGCUUCAGGCCAUUUUAAAGCCCAUGAUGCUGAGAAGACUGAAAGAUGAUGUGGAAAAAAAUCUUGCACCUAAAGAAGAGACUAUCAUAGAGGUGGAGCUAACAAACAUUCAGAAAAAAUACUACCGAGCAAUCUUGGAGAAGAACUUCUCCUUCCUGUCUAAAGGAGCAAACCAGCACAACAUGCCCAACCUCAUUAACACCAUGAUGGAGCUGCGCAAGUGCUGCAACCACCCCUACCUUAUCACAGGAGCUGAGGAGAAGAUUCUGGAAAGUUUCAGGAAGAGCCACAGUCCGGAAGCACCAGACUUCCAGCUGCAGGCCAUGAUCCAGGCAGCCGGUAAACUGGUGCUGAUCGACAAGCUGCUGCCCAAACUGCUUGCUGGGGGACACAAAGUACUUGUCUUCUCCCAGAUGGUCCGCUGCCUGGAUAUCCUGGAGGACUACCUCAUACAGAGACGCUACACAUAUGAACGCAUCGAUGGUCGGGUACGAGGAAACAUGCGGCAAGCGGCCAUCGACCGCUUCUGUAAGCCUGAUUCAGACCGCUUUGUGUUCCUGCUCUGCACCAGAGCUGGAGGACUGGGAAUCAACCUGACAGCCGCCGACACCUGCAUCAUCUUCGACUCCGACUGGAACCCACAGAACGACCUGCAGGCCCAGGCACGCUGCCACCGGAUUGGUCAGAGCAAAGCUGUGAAAGUCUACAGACUGAUCACCAGGAACUCAUAUGAAAGGGAAAUGUUUGACAAGGCCAGCCUGAAGCUAGGACUGGACAAAGCUGUCCUCCAAGACAUCAACCGCAAAGGAAGCCUGAAUGGGGUGCAGCAGCUCUCUAAACUAGAGGUGGAGGAUUUGUUAAAAAAAGGAGCUUACGGAGCGCUGAUGGAUGAAGAAGAUGAGGGCUCCAAAUUCUGCGAGGAAGACAUCGAUCAGAUCCUUCAGAGAAGAACUCAGACCAUCACCAUCCAGUCUGAAGGGAAGGGAUCCACAUUUGCGAAGGCCAGUUUCAUCUCAUCUGGCAACAGAACAGAUAUUUCACUGGACGACCCAAACUUCUGGCAGAAAUGGGCCAAGAUUGCUGAAGUGGAGAUAGAUUCCAGAUCAGAGAAGGAGUCGCUGGUGAUUGACACUCCCCGCGUCAGGAAACAGACCCGGCACUACAACUCCUUCGAGGACGACGAGCUGAUGGAGUUCUCAGAACUGGACAGCGACUCGGAGGAACGGCCUUGUCGGACUCGUCGCCUAGGUGACCGCAGUAGGCGGUACCUUCGCGCAGAAUGUUUCCGGGUUGAAAAGAAUCUGUUAAUCUUUGGCUGGGGUCGGUGGAAGGACAUUUUAAACCAUGGUCGGUUCAAAUGGCACCUAACGGAGAGAGACAUGGAGGUGAUCUGUAGGGCUCUGCUAGUUUACUGCCUGAAACACUACAAAGGUGAUGACAAAAUCAAGAGCUUCAUCUGGGAUCUGAUCACACCCACCAAGGAAGGCCAGGACCAGGCUCUGCUCAAUCACUCUGGUUUGUCCGCUCCAGUUCCUCGGGGCAGGAAGGGGAAGAAGCUGAAGAAUCAGCUGAACGUUCCUGAACUGAAGAACGCUGACUGGCUGGUCCACUGCAACCCGGAGGUGGUUCUUCAGGACGAGAGCUACAAGAAACACCUCAAACAACACUGCAACAAGGUCCUUCUGAGGGUGCGAAUGUUGUACUACCUGAAGGUGGAGGUGUUGGGUGAAGCUGCCAACCAAGCUUUAGAGGGGAUACCUGCCAGUAAACUUGAGGUGUCGCUACCCGACAUUGACUACAUCGAGAUUCCUGUGACAUGGUGGGAUGCAGAAGCUGACAAGUCUCUCCUUAUAGGAGUCCACAAACACGGAUAUGAGCGGUACAAUGCCAUGCGGGCCGAUCCGGACUUGUGUUUCCUGGAAAGAGUCGGCAUGCCUGAUGUCACGGCUCUUUCUGCUGAGCAAGGAGGAGGGGAGGCAGCCUCUGACAUGACUGACAGUGUGAACAAAACUGAGGAGGCAAAGGACGACCCUCACAGCAAAGCUAAUGGAGGAGAGGAUCGAGAUGAGAGCAGCAAGGGGGAGGAAACCUGCUCCAGCACUGAUACAUCAGACAAACCGGACAGCACAGGUCCAGACUCUCAGAUGUCAGGUGACUUGUGUGCUCAGGAUGGAACUCUGGUCACCACGACAACAGCAGGAACAGGGACCGGAGUGGCGGCUCUCCAUGUCGUCCAAGCCCGGCCCCUGUGGCCCACCGGUCCUGCCUUGACAGCCCGUUUGCGGCGCCUGAUCACCGCCUACCAGCGCUUCACGCUACGCCGCGAGCCUCUACUGAGGCACGACUUCCUGCUUCAUGAUGGCCUUGUCGGCAUGGGGAUCGGAGGAGCUAGAGCUGCUCAUAGUCAUCACGCUGGCGGGCCGCUUGCUUGGCAACUGGGUGAAGAGCUGAGGAGGUGUUCUGUGAUCGCCACCGAACCAGACCCCCUGUUCCUGGAGUGGCAGAGAAGGUGGACCCGUCGAGAGCAGGCAGAUUUCUACCGAACUGUUUCAUCGUUUGGAGUUGUGUAUGAUCCAGAGAGGAAAGCAUUUGACUGGUCCCAGUUCAGAGCACUGGCCCGACUGGAGAGGAAGACGGACGAGAGUUUGGAAAGAUACUUCAAUUCCUUUGUCAACAUGUGCAGGACAGCCUGCAAGCUUCCUCCAAGAAAAGAAGAAGGUUUGGUUGAUCCUGCUGUGAUUGUAGAGCCUUUGACGGAGGAGAGAGCAGCUCGGACACUGUAUCGCAUCGAGCUUCUGCGCAAGAUCAGAGAGCAGGUUCUCCGCCACCCACUGCUCUCGCCUCGUCUCCAGCUGUGCCGCCCCUCCCUCUACCUUCCUGUCUGGUGGGAGUCUGGUAAACACGAUCGCGACCUCCUCAUUGGCGCGGCGCGCCACGGCUUGAGCCGGACUGACUUCUACAUCCUGAACGACCCGCAGCUGAGUUUCCUGGAGGCUCACAGGAACUACGUCAGGGGACACCCUGCUCAACUUCAUCCACAAAGUCAUCAUCACCCUCAUCACGCAGGCUUGGCAUCUCACCCUGGAAUCUCAUCUUCCUCGUCCUCUCACACACAGCUGCCUCAUCCUCACUGCUGCCUGUAUGAUUCAGGACUGGGUCGCCACUCCCCUCAGCUUCCCGAAUAUCCCCACCAGGCUUCUCACCAUCAUCACCAGCAGCACCCUGCACCUCCCUCUGCUCCCUCCCCAUCCUCCUCGUCUUCUUCCUGUCAUCCUCACCUCCACCCUCCACCCCUGGAUGCCCAUGAUUCAGCCUCACCAAGUCUGGGAAUGGUCCCUGGCCCGCGUGUAGACUUUCUGGACUGUGCUCCAUUGGAUGAAUCUCUGGAGCUGGGCACGCUGCAGCACGACAGCAUGUCAGCAGAUGCUUUACACGGAGGAAAGACCUCCAAAGACGCACUGAACGGUUUCCCGUUUAACUCAGCAGCAGGAGGUCAAAGCAUGCUCAACUCAUACGGAGUGGGUGGAGCAGACCUGGAUUCAAAAUUAAGGAGCGAUGUGCUUGUUGGCGAGCAGGGCUCAUCGGAGGAAACUGGGCUGAUGGCUCCAUCGGUGGAGCUGGAUCAGUUACAGGCUCCAUGGGACAGCACAGAUCACACCAGUCCGGCUGAGCACAUGUUCAAUGAAUCGGAUCCAAUUCUUGGUCCACCUGCUCUGGAGACUGGCUUUCUGGAGGAGGAAGAUGAGGAGGCUCAGGGAGGAGAAAGAGCAGGGGAGGAGGGUGGAACCCUGGAGGAGUGUUUAGGCCUCCCCCCCUCAUCUCCUCCAUCCCAUCCUUCAACAGUAGACUCUGUGGAGCCACUGUCAUCAAGUUACUUGCUCUUUAAGGACAUCGGUGUGAACGAGGAAGCCAGCGCUGAUCAAACAGAUUUGUCAGCAAGCUCCCCUCUGCCUUACGUCCCUCCUCCUUCCCUCUCUCUCUCGGACCUCACCGCCCAAGAGCCGCAGGAUGGGUUGGGAAACACCGAUGUCUCAGAGAGCCUGACUAAUCCUGUGGAGGAAGGAGAAGACCGGGAGGGAAACGCUGGGUUUGAGUUUGACGAUAAGGAGGAAGAAGAAGUGGAAGAAUUGUCAAAGGAGACCAUGGAGCAACAUGUGGAAGGAGAGGAAUGUAAUCCUCAACAAGGUGCCGACCCAAGUUUGGGAGUUUUUAACCGAACCAUUGAAGUGCCACAGAUGGAUGAGAGCGAUCCAGAAGCAGAACAGGAUGAGAGGAAAGAGAUCUUAAAACCAGACGCCGAGGACCUCAGGGAGAGCUUUGAGCAGGCAGAGCAUAAUGAGGACUUAACCCAAGACGUGCAGCCUUAUCUGGGCAAGCUGGUGCAGGAGGGAAGCUUGGUGUGUCCUGAGUCUAUCGAGGAGCCUCCUGUGGAGGUGGGCGGGCUGAUCUUAUAUCAGACGGUGGAGGAACAGAGUGUGGAUAAUUCUCUUGACACUGAAGCGUUCAUGCAGGAUGAAACUGGAGAGUUUGUGCAAAUGAAGGAGAUUCCACAGAAUUCCAGAGAGAGUCCAGCAGCGCUCAGCACGGUUCCUGCAGAUCAAGUCGAUGAGGUCUCAGAGGGCCAGGUGGAUUGUGUCUCUCUGACUGAGGAUCCGGUGGAAGAAACGGCUGAAAAGACUGAAAACACCAGCGGUGAGAUGGAGUUGGAAAAUAUUUACUCAGAAUGUCCAUCUGUUUCUGAAUCAGAACCAUCAAAGUAUCCUGGAAGCACCAGAGAGAGUGAUGGAGCCAGGACUCAGGUCUCAGUAGAUCAGGACUACUAUGAGGGCUCAGCUGAAGACCUGAACUUACCAGAUUGCAGCAGAGACAUCACUGAAUAUGACCACAAAGACAAUUUGCUCAGUCAAAACAAAGGUAAAAUGUUCUCAGCUGUACCUGUUAACAGCACUGACCUGAAGCCAUCUGCGCUUACAUUUUCUCUCCAGCAAACCAGCGGUGAGAAGAAAACAGAGGAACUGGUGGUACCUGUGAAGGUAGAGGAGACCAAAACUGAGGCUGCAGAGGCUCCAGACAGCUCUGAAGUCAAACAUGCUCAUUUUCUCUCCUUCUCUGUGAAGUCAGAGGGGUUGGUGACCAAAACUGAGCAGCUGGAAUAUCCCGUCAACGCUCCGUCACUGGAGGUGAAGCCUGAAGUUCUCAGCCUGAAGCCUGAGAACUUCGACACUAAACCCCAAGUUCUCCAGUUUGUUGCCUACUCAGAAGUCAAACCAGAUGUUAAACCAUCCGCUCUGAGGUUGGCUGCAUAUUCAGAUGGUUCUGAGUUUAAGACUGAGACUAAGCCUGAAGGUUUGGAGUUUACAGCCUUUUCUGACACCGUCAAGCCUGAAGCUAAAGCAGAAGCUCUGGGAUUCACAGCCUUCCCAGACAGCUCUGAGAUAAAACCUGAAACCAAGCCAGAUGGCCUUGAAUUUAAAGCUGAGAUGAAGCAGGAGAUGUUGGAGGCAGACAGUACUGUCCUGACCCCGAAGCUGGAGCAGGCAGAUGGGCUGGCCGACUCCUCGGAAAGUCUGGUGGUGAACAGCCAAGUGAAGGAGGAGAGGCCAAGUUCUCCAGUUCAUGUGGUGGAAAGCUACACUGGCAGCCCCAGGUUUGCAGCUCCUGUUUCCAUGUGUGAGAUUCCCGACAGCCUACAUGAAAGCAGGGAACCCACCAUCGCCCAGCUGCUACAGGAAAAAGCUCUUUAUUCAUUCUCUGAGUGGCCAAAGGACCGAGUCAUCAUCAACCGGCUGGACAGCAUCUGCCACGCCAUCCUGAAAGGAAAGUGGCCCUCGUCGAAUGAGCAGUAUGACUCUCUAGGUUCUCUGGCUGCCAACUCCUGUCUGGUGAACAGCUUAGCCCAGCACCACCAGCACCGAGCAGGUUUCCUCCCCACCACAGCCUCUGGCUCCGUCCCAGGCCAGGCUCGAGUCCAGCAGGCCAGUCCUGGACUGGGCUUUUCUGUCCCUCCUCCUCUCACAAGACUACCCAAGUACAUGCCGCGGGGCGGCGCAUGCGGGCGCGGAGCUUGGCGCCUCACCUCCUUGCCUCUCUUGCAGGAGAGGCUCGUGGCUCCUACCUACCUCCCUGAGCUCAAAAGAGCAGGAGGUCGCAGGUCUUUCGACUACGAAGCCGCUGCUGCGGCAGCUGCCAAGAUUUUAGCCGGGAAACCUGCGUCAUCGUGCCACACCGCUGCCACCACAAGCUCUGGCGGUGAGAAGGUGCCAGUGGUAGCUCCGCCCUCUCACCACACUGGAUCCAUGUUGAUAAAUGGCUGGCAAGAAGCAGCCAUUGAUCUAACCAAGUCAUCGGGAGAAAUAAGCACCACAAGCGGCAUCGGGACAAAUGAAGCUGUGGUGGCUCCAGGAGUCGGUCAACACAGCCAUAAGCUGCCGCCGCCCCCCAUCACAGCACCGCUGCCGGGCUCUGUGGGGAUCGACAUGUCUGGGAUCCUGCAGGCUGGUCUCAUCCAUCCUGUCACUGGACAGAUAGUUAACGGGAGCCUGAGGGGAGAUGAUUCAUUAAGGAGGAGGAGGGGGAGGAGGAGAAAUGUGGAAGCUCUGUACUCUGAGUUCACCAAGAGCCGAGGACUGCACCUCCCUGAGACACAGGGUCGUGUAGAGGGGAUCAGCCACUCCUCUGUCUCCUCCUCCACCUCUUCGCCGUCCCCGUCUCCCUCCGAGCGACCUGCAGGCCCUCCCACGCCUUCCUCCUCCUCAACUCCCACCCCCACUCAGACUCCGCCUCAGCCAGAAAUCGUGACCAUCGACAGAGAGGCGGCCAGCAAAGGUCUGAUCGAGUGGCUGAGACAGAACCCGGGCUACAGCAUGGAUCUGCCCGCUUUCGCUCACUCUGGAGCUGGUCUGUUGCACGGCUUUGUGGAGCGUCCCAAACAGAGGAGGCAUCGCUGUAAAGACCCCACCAAGCUGGACGUCAACUCUCUGACGGGGGAAGAGAGGGUCCCUGUUGUUCACCGAGGCACCGGACGGAGGCUUGGUGGUGCUAUGGCUCCGGCUAUAAAGGAGCUGUCCAGGUGGCUGGAUGCAAACUCGGAGUACUUUGUGGCUCCAGACUGGGCCGAUGUGGUCAAACACUCGGGUUUCCUCCCUGAGGGGAAGUUUUCCCGGAUCCUGACGGAGCCAGUCAACAGAGACCCGGGCUCCCGUCGCCGUGGACGCCGGCCUCGCAGUGAGAUGCCCAAGCCCCUCCUUUCUGUAUCUGACUCCUCCUCCUCUGGGCUCGGCCCCCCUCUCUACAUGAACGGCGGGAUAAUCAGCAGCGUGGACUCCAUGGUGGCCAUGCAGAACCUGCGCGGUGGCAUUCCUGGAAUUCCAAUAUCUGGGAUCAUGGCGGCUGGAUUCCCACACGGUUUCCCUGCAGCGGUCUCAGCAGGAGCCACCGGGUCAUCGGCAGAAGACGGCAAGAACGGGUUGAGCAUGUUACCCAUGAUGCUCCACGGCAUCCCUCAUCCUCACGGGGCGGCGAUCCCGCAGCACGCCUUGUUCAGCGUCGGCACGAUGAUGGCACACGCACCACCUCCUCCUCACCCCAACUCCUCCUCCUCGACAUCCUCUUCUUCUCCAUCAGUGUCUGCUGCGAAUGUCACCACCACAACCACACCGCCUACAUCCAAUGCAGCCAGCCCGUCGUCGACCACACCUGCAGAUAAGGAGAGCGCGUCCUCUUCAGCUGCUGGUGGUGAAAAGGAAAAGAAUCAGGAGGAGAAGGGAGCAGCAGAGGGCGCCAAACGAGCAGCAGGAGUAGAACCAGCAGCCGUCAUUACCUCCACCAGCAGGGCCCACAUCAGCUCUGCACAUCUAGGAGCCGGCAGCCAUCUUACCUUUAACCCCUUCCUGAUCCCCGGAAUGUCCCACGGCUUGCUGUACCCACACAUGUUCCUGCCGCACGGCGGCAUCAUGGCGCUGCCCGCCAUGCCUCCCAACACCGUGGACAGCUCCCCGGGCAGCCCCAAGAGGAGGAGGAAGAGAGCAAGGGAGGACAGCGAGAGAGAGGAGGAGAAGGAGAAAGAGAAGACGGCGACAGGAGACGCUGAGGAAAGUACAGUUAGUGCGUCCCAACCUGCCUCUUCCUCCUCUCCACCCAUCCCCUCUACCUCAGCUUCAGAACCAGACACGGCUCCGACCGAAGAGACACAGACUGGACAGGACGGGCCUUCAGAGCCCCAGGAACCGGACUCCAAUAACCACAUAGACGGAGCAGCAAUGAAGGAGAGCAAGGAAAGACUGGAGGAGACGGGAGUGGAGGUGGAGGAGCAGAGACAGGCGGAGCGGGAAGAAGCAUAGAGGAUGAGGAAGACAAACCACUUCCCGUCCUCUCCUCUCGUCUCCUUUGUUGCGACGGUGUAAAGUUUGUGCCGAGUCUGUCAGUCAAUGUCCAUGUAAAGACUUUUAAUAUGAUGACGACUAAUGAUGAUGAUUAUAUUCAACUUGUUCAUGUUUAUAUACCAACACCCCACCCACCCGCCUCACUCCAUUGUAUACAAAAAAAAACUACUGUUGAAAUGACCUUCUGUCUUCUUCUCCUUCAUUCUGCAUCAAGACUGAGUCAGGAGGACCAGGAAGGCACUCUGCAGGCAACACGCACUCCCUGAGGAGCGACUCUGGCAGUCAUUUUGAUCCGGUUUAAAGGUCCAUGCGAUCCAGGAUGGUAUUUAGCGAAGAUUUGAAAAAGCAGCUCUAGUUUCUGUUGUGUUUGCAUGGAUCCGAGCAUGACAGGAAAGCUGCAGCACUGCUUUUCCGAGGCAGUUUUCCAAAAAAGUUUGCUCUAAAUUUCUCACCACAGUUUGGUAACGGGGAGAAGCUGACGCAGGGGGGAACGGCUCACAGAUGUUAGCAGUUUUGGUUUGUUUGUUAUUUUUUUGCAAACUCCACUAAACCAACCGAUGUUUUUUUUAAUUGUAAUUGUGCAAUGUUUAAAAACCUGCUGACCAGAUAAAUUUGGACAUGAUGAGAGAUGAGACACUAAAAAAAGCACAGAAAACGCUGCUGCUGCAUUACGAAUCGUCCAGUAAAACUACUUUAAGUGCAUUUUAAAGUGCAGCCAAAUUAGAUUUAAACAAAUUUUCUUCUUUGUUGUAAUCUUUAACAUUAACGUCGCACGAAGAGAAAAAUCAGGCAUGAAGGUUGAAUCCUAACUUUUAGAUAUUGUCUGCAAGUCUUCCGUGAAAUAGAUGUUUUCUCUUUUUUUUUUUUUGUUUUUUUUUU